UGACUCAAACAUGUCCAUACGGUCCAUGUACCUGCAGCACCAACCAACACCACAGCCCGCGGUGCCUGGCCCGGCUUGCGGGUGAUGUCAACGACUACAACGAUUGGCUGACCACGGCAUCCUAACUUAGCACAAGAAGCAAAUCCCUUGCUGGCCCCCAGCCUCCUACUCAAAGGCCUGACCUCACCACAAAACACCUCUUUCGCCCACCCAACCCCAUCACAAUGUCCACACGCAAGAGAAAGCAAGAAGCCGAAGAGGAGGAGGAGCUCGUUGCCCUCCCGUCCGACGAGUCUGAGUCUGAGGAGGAGUAAGUGAUUGCGACGCUUCCUUGACGUCAUGUCAUCGUGCUAUUCAUGUCGCGACUGUGCCCGUUUCGCGCGAAUCUUUGCGCAUUGUGGUCGCCUAUCCUCACGCACCUGGAUGCAUGUUUUCGUUUUGUGCCAUCGGACGUCGUUGUAGCUGCGCAGCCGUCGAAAGGCAGCCGUCAGCCUCGUCAAGCAACGAGACUUGUCGCACGCCGUCUCACAGUCGUCGACGAUGUAAAUUUGUCAAAUACAUCUACUCGGCUGUUGCGCUGUCUUCCACAAACGAGUUUUAAAUGUCUUAUGUCUAUACUAUUCGUUUGCAUGUAUGCGCUAACCACCAUCUCCACAGGUACGCCGAAUCAGAAGGCUCCAAUUUCGACUCUGAGGACGCCUCUGAGCAAGAGCCUCCACCAAAGAAGAAGACCAAGCGGACCAGCAAAGCCAAGGACGACGUAUCUGAGGACGAGUCUGAGUCCGAGCCCGACGUGGAUGACGAUGAGGACGAGGAGAGCGCGGAUGAAGACCCCAAAUCCAAGGGCAAGAAGACAGCUGCUGCGGAGAAGGUCCGGAAACAACCAACCCCCAAGACGAGGAAGCCUCCCGUCCCCGUUGACGACGAUGAGGACGACGACGUUGUCGAUGACGAUGACGACGAGUCUGAUUGAUUUCACCGAGUUGCGGUAGCUUUCUAUUGUAGUGGAAUGUUGGUUAGAGGUAGCGCGACUACGAUGUCCCCAUAUAGGUUAGGUAGAAUACUACUUCUCUACUUGCUCUAUCAUAUCGAAAGCCUACACUGCUACAUAUGAGUGUUUUUUUAGGCCUC